GAGACUCACUGCAUCCUCUGUUGGAGACUGACAUAGACUGACUCAGGAUUCCAAAGAAGAUAUAUCUUGAAGUGCCAAACAACAUUUUUAAAAAGAACCAAGAGUCAUGCAAGACGCGUGGGUGAUAUCUGUCCCACUGGACAAGACCAGUUCAAAAAGUGUUGAGAAACUCAAACGCUUCGUUGGCAGAACUAACUUGGCCUCCUGCUGCAAAUUCUCCAUUCCAGAUCUAAAGGUGGGAAUAUUGGACAGCCUACUAAGCGUGUCAGAUGAACUCUCCACACUCGACAUAUUUACUGAAAGCGUGAUGAUACAAACAUGCAAAUGUAUGAGGGAGGUGAUGGAGCAAGCCGGUGACAAAGUGAUGGAAGACAUCUUAGCCAAUGGAGUGGACAUGAUGAGCUAUGUGACCAACUUCCAGUGGGACGAAGUCAAGUAUCCCACGUCGCUGCCUCUCUCCAGCCUGGUAAACAUCAUCAAAAAGGAAGUUUCCCAGGUGAAGAUGGAAUUCAAAUCCAGAGCUGCAACGUACAACAGUGUGAAAACACGUUUGCAGAGACUGGAGCAACAACAAAAAGGCAGUUUGCAAACAUGCAGCAUGAAUGGCAUUGUGAGGAGAGAAGAUCUGGUGUUUUCAGAGUAUCUGACUACUCUCCUGGUGCUGGUCAGCAGGAGGGACUAUAUGCAGUGGGAAAACACAUAUGAAUCUUUGUCAGAAUUUGUGGUGCCGCGGUCAAGCAGAAAACUUUGUGAAGACAGAUCAGUAGGUAUAUUUUCUGUGACACUAUUCAAGAGAGUGGUGUGUGACUUCAAAGCCAAAGCCAAGGAAAACAAGUUCAAUGUGCGUGAGUACAGCUUUGACCUGGACGAGAAGCAGCAACAGGAGAGGAUGGAGCUCAGUGUUCACAAAAAAGAGCAUUACGGCACUUUUAUGGAAUGGCUAAAGGCAAUAUACAACCAGGUGAUCAUUUCUUGGAUUCACCUGAAAGCCUUAAGGAUCUUUGUGGAGUCAGUUCUCAGGUACGGACUGCCUGUUAACUAUCAGGCUCUUCUGCUUCAGUCAGACAGGAAGUGUUCUGAGAAACUGAGUGAAAAACUCUCUUCUUUGUUUGCGUAUCUGGACCCAACUUCUGCAGUCAGUGACGUGACCUGUGACAUCCCAGGAUUCAGCCAACAGGACUACUUCUCCUACAUCUGCUUCCCCGUUAACAUCAACUUGUUGGACUUAAGAUAGCAACACAAAACACCAAAAACACAUACAAUUUAUAUAGUGACACAGCUCAUACCUCUCAGUCCAGCCUUGCACACUUGAACCACUCGAACCAGUGACCACAUAUCCCCACAGAUUGAGUUAAGUCAAGCACUGCUAACCAAUGACAAAAGCCUUUGUCAACUCAUUGUCCAGUGCAGCGCUUAAUGCAUCAGGGUGUGAGGUUUGCACUACUAUCGCACGGUCACACUAGCUUGCAUCUGUUACACCUGGUUCCAUAUUUUACACCUCAGCACAUUGCCUAAAUACUGUAGCAACAGCAAGUCACAAAAAUUCCCAGACAAUAAUUUAUUUGUGGAGGCUUGCCACAAAUACAUUUGGACUGCCACAAAUACAUUUGACACUUCCUUUUAAGAAACCUCCAUGUUCUGCUAAGAAUCCUCCAUGUUUAUGCAAGUUUAUAAA